AGUCUUUGCCGAAAGUCUGACGUGUUUUAUAAAAUGAUAAGAUCGAUGAACAAAGAAAAAUAGAGACUAGCGUUAGCCGUUCAGCAUUGCACGUUGAAUUUUGAGGAAAACAUGGCGGCGUCCUUGAGCAGCGCAGGGACCGUAAGGGUGCUGCUGUCUGAUUUUCAGAGCACCUUAGCCCGGUCCAGUUUGUUAUGCAGUUCCUCCGGAAGCAGAGGUCUCCAUGUCACUGCGGCAUGCUGCAAGAAUCGAGCCGCUCGUACCCGAGUGGGGAAAGGAGAAAAACCUUUGACCUACGAGCAAGCGUUUCAUCCUCAUCACAUCGGCCACUGCAAAGGAUGGCUGUCACAGCACACCAGUAACCUCAAAGGUGAAGAGGGGGCGGCCGAACGCACCAUGGAGGACGUCUUCAUCCGGAAGUUCAUGUUUGGAACCUUCCAUGGCAGCCUGGCCAAUGAGAUCGUGCUCAAAAGGCGCGGCAACAUGUUAAUUGUGUGCGCUUUAAUGAUACAAAAGAUGUCGCCGCUGAAGUUUUACUUCUUGAUCGGCUACACGGAGACGCUAUUGUCACACUUCUACAAAUGUCCCGUCAAGUUAGAGGUCCAAACCCUACAGGACAAAGCUGUGUACAAGUACAUCUGAUGGAACUGUGUUAAUGCUAAUCAUAGGCACUAACAGGAACAUGACAGUUCCUGUCGACAGUUUUCAGUGAAAUGAACUUAUUUAUUUCAUCGUUGACAUUUGAAGAAGCCUUUGGAUCCUUGGAAAAACUAAAGCGAGUCACAUUUGUAUUUCCAAAGCAGACUGUUGUUUCAUAAGAUAAAAUGAUCUGAUACAUCAGUGCAUUCAUUUCAUGUUCCUGCUUUGAAAUAAAUAAUCUGUCUGGGACCAUAUAAAAUA